CACACUGGGAGGAGGAGGAGGAGGAGGAGAAGGAGAAGGGGAGGACUGAGUUGUGGUGGCGGGGGAGGACAGGCCUGAAAAAGACACAGGGGGGAGGAGGAGGAGGAGGAGGGAGUGUGUGUAUGAGUGGGGGCGGUGUUUGCUGGUGAGUUUCUCCACCUGUGAGAGAAGCGUGCUUUGGAGGGGUCAGACCGCACUUUCACACACAGACACCACACGCAUGCUCUCACACAUAUAAUACGCACACUGUGUCUGCUGCCCAGCCUGAAGGAUCGACAACAACGCAGGGAGACCAUGUUCUCAUCUUCCUGCAUCUAUUAUUCAUGCCUGUGAGAGAUUGUAAGUCGGGGGUCACACACACAAGAGCAGAAAUCCGGCUGCAGCUGCGCGGCCAAGGGUUCUGGAGCGGAACGGAGCGGAACGGAACCUGGAGAUUGGCAAGAGAACUGGUGUCGGCAGCCGCAGUGGCGGAACAAGGAACAACAGUGGAGACUCGGAGAGACGUAGUAGUAGUAGUAGACAGUGUAAGUAGUAGCUGAGUAGUGCAGCAGAGGAGUAGAGUUGAGUAGACGUGAGCUGAGUGGAGUCACGCUGUUACAAUAGUAGUAGACAGUGUAAGUAGUAGUAGCUGAAUAGUGCAGCAGAUGAGUAGAGUUGAGUAGACACGAGUCGAGUGGAGACACGCUUAUAAUCACCAGAGCACUUAAAAGAACAGCGACCAUAACAGCUGAGCACAGCACUCAACAACAGUAGAGGAGCAGUAGAGUAGAUAAGAGAGGGACAGAAGAGAAGAACAGCAGCGGAGCAGAAGCAGCAGAGUUGACAGAGGGCCACUGACAGGACGGAGGAGAGGAGAGGAGAGGAGAGGAGACGUCCAGCACUGGAGUUACAGAAGAGGCGGCAAGACCGAGAGGAGGAGAGAAGAGACGACAAAGACCUCUGAAGUAGUGAAGCAGUAGGAGGCAGCUCAGCUGUCAAAGCCACAGCAAGCCAGAGAGGAGAGGAGAGGAGCACACCGUGGAAAGAGGUGGAGCAGUGGAGGGGAGGACGCGGAGGAGGAGAAGACAAGCAGCGGAGUUAAACAGCAGAGCAGCAGCAGGAGUAGCCCCAAAGCGGGAGCAGAGCAGAGCAGAGGCACAGAGGGGAGCAGACAAGUAGCAAGUGGUGGAUCGGGAAAAAGGCAAGCAAGCAGCAGGUUGAGAAGAGAAGAGAAGAGCACAAGCAUUGGAAUAACAGGACAGGGCAGAGGGAGAGCAGACUACAAGCGGUGGAGCACACGGUGGAGCAGCAAGCAGCAACAGCAGGGGCAGCAGGGUGAGCCGAGCAGGCAGCAAGCAGUCGUGGAUCUGGUUAAAGGAGCAACGGGUUGAGCGGAGCAGGCAACAAGUUGUAGUGGAUCUGGUUAAAGGAGAGAGGAGCAGGCCACAAGUGGAGGUGGAUCUGGGAAGACAGCAACGGAUUGAGAGGAGCAGAAAGCAAGCAGUGGUGGAGCAGCAGCAGCAGCAGCCUAUGCAGCAAGGUGUGAGGAGCAGACAACAAGCAGUGGUGGAGCAGCAGCAGCAGCAGCCUAUGCAGCAAGGUGUGAGGAGCAGACAACAAGCAGUGGUGGAGCAGCAGCAGCAGGAGCCCAGGCAGCAGGGCGAGGGCAGAGGAGGAGGGAAGAUGAAAGCCCUGCAGAAGAACCAGAACCAGGGCCGCACGGACCAGAUCCUGGGGGCCAUGGCUGACAUGCUGACCUCCCUGGCCCUGCCCAAACAGCAGUGGUCAGGGGAUGGCAGUGAGGCAGCAGAGGGCCAGGUGGUGGAGGGGGAUGAGUCCAGGCCUGGUCCUGAGCCUGCUCCAUCAACAUCAUCAUCACCAUCAUCAUCAUCUCAGGCCCCCAGGGAGAGAGCUGUGGAGAGGCCACUGGGAGCGGGACAGAACCAGACCCAGACGCAGGCCCAGACGCAGGCCCAGGGCCAAGGCUGCCAACGUAAGGCAUCCCAGGACAGCAGCAGCUCGGACAAGGGGCAGCAGCAGCAGCAGCAGCCGAGAGAAGACUCGUACUCGGCGGCGGGCAGUGAAGGCAGCAUCUCCACCUCGGUGGCGUCCUUGCCCCCUGGAGGCGGAGGCGGGGCCACUAACGCCUGUUCUGUAGCCUCCGCGCCCCCCUCCCCCGGCGGCUCCCGACGCUCCGUCAGCACGCUGAAGAAGUGGCUCACCAACCCCGUACGCAAGCUCAGCGCUGGGGCCGCCACCGCCGCCACCGCUAGCAGCGGGAGUAACGGAGGAGGAGUAGGAGGAGGUGGAGGAGGAGGAGGAGGAGGUGCAGGAGGUCUGGGUCUGGGUGCUAAGGGGGGUUCAGCAGAGCGGCAGGUCCGCCGGGCAGAUGGAAGUGGUGCUGCCAGGCCCCCAGUGCCCCCCUCUUUCCAGCAGCAUCAGCAGCAUCAGCCACAGCAGCAGCCGUCGCCCCUGGUGGUGGGAGGACUGUACUGCAGGCCGGGGGGCGAGCAGGAGGGCUACGCCAGGGCCAACGCCGAGGAGCCGUUCAACACCAUACUGGGGGACAGAGACAGAGAGCUGGAGUGGAGGGACAGCUUGGCGGGGCCUGAAGAUUGUAUGCCGGGCGUCCUGCAGUCCCACAGCUACCAGUCAGACUCCCUGCACGGCUCCCUGACCAUGGGCCUCACACAGGUCACCCAAUCCAGCGUCCUGCAGACCGAGGACACCGCCUCCAUCCUGAUGGACGACACCUCCAGCCAAUCAUCAGCCACCGUGGACAGCGAGGAGGAGAGGAGGAGUGCCUUAGAGAAGAGCAUGUAUGUGCUGAAGGAGCUGAUUGAAACAGAGAAUAUGUACGUAGACGACUUGGGCCUCAUUGUGGAUGGCUACAUGGCAAGUAUGGCAGCUAAGGGUGUGCCUGAGGACAUGAAGGGGAAAGACAAGAUCGUCUUCGGGAACAUCCACCAAAUCUACGACUGGCACAAAGAUUAUUUCCUGGCUGAGCUGGAGAAGUGUGUGGGGGAGCCGGAGCGGUUGGCUACCCUCUUCAUCAAGCACGAGAGACGGCUCCACAUGUAUGUGGUGUAUUGCCAGAAUAAGCCCAAAUCCGAGCACAUCGUGUCGGAGUACAUCGAGACCUACUUUGAGGAGUUGAAGCAGCAGUUAGGCCACAGGCUCCAGUUGAACGACCUGCUCAUCAAACCAGUACAGCGCAUCAUGAAGUAUCAACUACUACUGAAGGACUUCCUAAAGUACUACACCAAGGCAGGCAUUGACACCGAGGAGCUGGAGAAAGCGGUGGAGGUGAUGAGUGUGGUGCCAAAGCGUUGCAAUGACAUGAUGAAUGUGGGCCGACUGCAGGGCUUUGAGGGCAAGAUCACGGCCCAGGGUAAGCUCCUCCAGCAGGACACCUUUAGCGUGACAGAGCAGGACGCCAGCUUCCUGUCCCGCGCCAAGGAGAGGCGGGUCUUCCUGUUUGAACAGCUUGUCAUCUUCAGCGAGCCAAUCGACAGGAAGAAGGGCUUCUCCAUUCCAGGAUAUAUCUUCAAAAACAGCAUUAAGAUCAGCUGUCUGGGCGUGGAGGGGUGUGUGGAGGGGGACCCGUGCCGGUUCGCCCUGACGUCUCGCGGUGCGGACGGGAACUCGGUGCGCUUCGUGCUGCAGUCCGUCUCCCCGGAGACCAGCCAGACCUGGGUGGCGGACGUGGGCCAGAUCCUGGAGAGCCAACGCAACUUCCUCAAUGCUCUUCAGUCUCCAAUCGAGUACCAGCGUCGUGAGUCCAAGUCCAACAGUUUGGGUCGCAGCAUGCGGCCGCCAGUCUCCGCCUCCUCAGCUGGGCUCCGCCCCCACUCCUCGGCUUCCAUCGACCGCCAUCGCCUGCCCUGCCUGCGCUCCCACAAUGCAUCACUCCCCUCCCUAUACCUGUCCAGCCAGGCGGCGGCCGGCGCAGACACACACACGCAGCAGGAGUCGUGUGUGGACAGUGGGCUGGGCCAGGCGGUGUCCCCUACCCAUGUGCAGCUGGGCUUUGGGGAGCAGGGCUCCGGUAGUCCCCACGCCACCCUGCACCACCACCACCACUCAGCAGCAGCAGCAGCCGUCUCCAACGGCCUAGGACCCACAUCCUCCAAUACACAGAGGGGUGGUGACAGCUACCACAGGGUAGUGGGUGAUGGCGUGGGCGUGGGCGCGCCCCCUGGCCCCUCCUCCUUCCCCCGACGCGCCAGCAACCUGGCCCAGCUGGACGAGGACGAGCUCUGAACGCUGACCUCCGACGACCUUUUGACCUUCGUCGCAUCGUGGCUAACCAUCGACUACCGUGCUGUACAACGAGGAUGACCUUUGAACUCCUGCAUCAUGACCUUUAACAUCAUCAUGCUGGACGAGGGCGCCCUCUGAAGGUCAAACUGCAGAUUACAGCCCUCCUCCUCCACUACCGAGUCCCGACGCUACCAACUUGCUUGACUUUUUUCCAGCAUCACUAUUAAACCUUUACCAUCAUCAGUGCCACCAGACAACAACUAGAGGAGUGUUGCGAUUGACUCUUUCAGUGCUGAAUUAACACAGCAAAAUGUACUUUGGAAACACGACCAUCAUCAUCAUCCUCAUUAUCAUCACAAUCAUCAUCAUCAUUGUCAUCUUCCUCUUGGUCUUCAUCAGCGUUCUCGUCGUCUUGUCAUGAUUUAUCCUUCUCUUAUAGUGCUUUGGGAUUCCUACUUUGUAAUCACUGACAGUCUUGUGGGCAUGACCAAGAGACAAUGUUUUUUUUUUCUUCUUUUUUUGCAUAUUUUGACUUUUUUUUUCUUUGCCUGAAAUCUCCUACCUAAAUGUUGUUGUUUUUUUGUGUCAAAUCUGACCGUAGAGUACAGUAAAAUAACUUAAAAACAUAACCAUUCCUUUAUUGGGAGGUCACUGGAGCUGAGAAGAAUUAAAAAAAAAAAAAAAGACAAACACUUCAAUGUGUGAACGAACGUUAAAGGAUGGAGCUGAACACACGCUUUAUGUAUAUGUAUGGAUGUAUGUAUGCACUCUCUCUGGGUGAGCACAGCAUACGUUUGUGAAUGUCUGUGUGUGAGGUGAGCGAGCAUGGGCAAGACUACAGCACAGACACACCAACCAACGACAAAUGGCUCUCUCUGUUGUGGACGUACCCAGGGCCGCUGACAGCUUUGGUUGGACCCAGGACAAAGUCAUCUGAAAGGGCCCCCCCCACCCAAUACAUUCAUUGCAAUGAGGACUCAAUUAUGGGCCCCACCAUAUCCCUGGGCCCGGGACAACUGACCCCUUUGUCCCCCCUUGUCGUCUUCCCUGGACGUACGUACGGUGUUAUCUGACCAGUGAUCCGUGCAUUAUGACGACACUCAGAGGAGAUGUGAGCGGAGGUGUAUUUUGUCACCAGGCAUGGCAGGCAGCCGCUUGGGGCCCCCUGGAUGGUGAAUAACAGCUCACACUUAACUAUAGUAAUGGCGAAUUUCAUUCACAUGUUCACUCCUUUGACAUUUCACUUGGGGCCCCAGCUGAACUUAGAGUCGCCUCUGGACGUGAGGAGUGCCCCUCCCAUUCCUAAGGGUUGCGGUCGGAAGUGCUCUGACUGUCAUGCCAAUGAGCUCGUACUGUAGGUGCAACGGUGUGUGGCUCGGCUCCGUUUGAUAAUUGUGUUUGCAGCUUUGGCAUGGGCAGCUCUCCUCUCCUCUUCGCUACACGAGGUGGCGCCACAUCCUGUAGGUCAAGAGUCUGGAGCAGUCGGAUCUUGUUCUGCUGCUGGACUUGCUAUUGGCCACUUUUUAACACAAAAUUCGUCACCACCUGUCCCGGCUUUUUACAAAGAAGUAAACUUAAGAAGGAAGAGGAAAAACAACAAAAGUUUGCUGUGUGAGGCAGAAGACCAGAUGUCUAACCUUGUGUGAUGAAUAUUGUUGUUUUCUUCCAUUUGGAGUGGAAAUGGACAGGUGAUGAUAAAUUGAAAAUGUACAUAAUGUAAAUGGAUUGAUUAAUUGAUUGUCUGUGCUGGGGCAGACAGAAGUGAGUGCACACACACACACACACACACACACACACACACACACGAGACACACACACACACACACACACACGAGACACCCUAUUGGCCGCUGGUGGGCUGGAGUGGGGUGGAUUGCUAAACUGAGAUGAUGGCCAGGGCUGACGAUAGCUUUGAUUGGGCUCGGGACAAAAUCAUCUGAAAGUUCCGCACCUGUUUUUUUGUAAGAUUUUUUUGGGGUGUUUUUUUUUAAACUUUAUUUGAUAGGACAGUGUGAGAGUUGGACAGGAAGCGAAUUGGGAGAGAGACAGGGAGGGGUCGGCAAAGGACCCGGGCCGGGAAUCGAACCCAGGUCAGUCGCAUGGCAGGCAAGUGCCCUACCGGUUGGCCACGGCAGGGCCAAGUUCCGCACCUCUUAAUGGAUACAGUGUAAUGAGGACCUGAUUCUGGGCCCGAGACAACUGCCCUGUUUGUCCUCUUCUGUCGGCGGGCCACUGUGAGGACUAUGAGACAGUGAUAUCAGAGAUCUCUCCAUCUUUGGAAAGAGAAAUACAAGUUAAAAGAGAAAAUGGCUAUGGAUGGGGUGGAUAAAAGAAGAGAGAUGUGCAGAAAGAGAAGAGAACUGAGAAAAAGAGACAACACAGAGUGAGAGUGAGAGAGAAAAAGUGAGAGAAGCAGAGAUACAUGAAAUCACAGAGAGAGGGAAGAAAGGAGAAGAGAGGGGACAGAGCGAAAGAACAGAGUAGAAAGGAAAAUCAGGGAAGAAGAGAGGAGAGCAAAGGAAAAGGAGAGCACCGCAGAACGGAGGAUAUAGAGAGCCGAGGCAGUACAGGCCACUAGCAGGCAGGGGGCAGUGUGUGAGCACAGGGCAGGGGAGGAGAGGAGAGCCGAGGGGAGCGGAGCGUGAUGCUGGCACUCGGUGUGAGACGGGCGGAGGACGGGAGGGCUCCGUGCCAUGGACUCUAAAGAAUGUUGAAGGUUUGCCCGCUGUGUGCCAACCCCCUGCACUCUCUUCUCUUCCUUCUCUCUCUCUCUCUCUCUCUCUCUCUUGCUGUCUUGCCACUUCUUCACUGAUUUCCUAUAUGUAUACGCACAGACAUAAACACAUGCGUGCAUGGAAUUCACUCUCACACACACACACACACACACACACACACACACACACACACACACACACACACACACACACACACACACACACAGACACACACACGCACUUACUUUUCUGCAACCUCUCUCUCAUUCCCUCGCUCUCUCGUUUUCUCUCCCUCGCCCUCUCCCUUCCCACCCCCCUUCCACCUCUCUUUCUCUGUCUGUGUCUGUCUCCUCUCUUUCCCUCCCCCUCCCACCCCUCCCUCUUUCUCUCCCUCACCCUCUCUCUCUCUCUCUCUCUCUCUCUCUCUCUCUCUCUCGCUCUACUGCUCAGACACGUCUCUAAGGACUCCCUCCAUCUCGGAAACAGCAUAGAAGGGUGGUAUGAACACAUCUUUUAAUUUCAGGACAACUCCCCCAAAUCAUCAUUAGACUAAGUGCCAAAUAUGCUGGUGCCAGACUCUUUUUAGGUUGAAGUCUUCAGAACUAGGAGAGGAAAUUUCAAAGUGUCCCAAAUUUAAUCAGUUUCUUUACUAAUGUUUUUGAUACUUUUUUGUCAGUGCAUCUUAACUGUCAAUUUUUUUUUGGCCAAUUCGAAUGACAGAGUUUAAAGCCAUGAAGUGUGUAGAUUAAUGUCCUUUUUUUGUACAGAAAAUGUGCUAUUGUUCUUGGUCUGGAAGAUUUGACCAUUUUUUUAAUGUGGUCACAAUAUCUUUUGUCUCUUUUUUGGUUUGGUGUUUUUUUUAUUUUUCUAAUUAAGUCGUACCCGCCGGUAUAUGAUUUUAAAAAAGGGGCCGUCUCGCAAGAUGACCCUGCUUGACAAAAUCAUUCAGUUGCUCUUUCACAAACUCAAAUAUUGAUGAAAUCUGGCUAUCAGUUGUUUUAUUUGAAUAUGUUUUAGUUAAGAUGCAGGGAAUGAAUGAAGCACAAAUGCCAGUGCCACAGAGAUCGCAGUCUUAGACCAGAUAUUAUACUGAGACUGUCCAGCAGGAGACACUAAAGGGCUACAGCUUCUCUGUCCUGUUGAGAGACCGCACACAUCUGUAAUAAACAGUUGUGCUUUUUGCCCAUCUGAUUUUUUUUCUAAUAUAAAGCUUUACUUUAACAGGCCAGAUAAUUAAAAAAGGCAUGUCUUGGGGAAAAUAAAAACAAAACUGUAACAAAUAUUCAGGAAUGGCUUCAUUGCUUGUUCAGUCGCAGUCGAGAUUUACAUGACAACCAGUUCUUAACGGAAGCAAAAAGAGUUGGUAAAAUGGUAUGGCCUGUUGAUAUGGUCGAUAUGCAAGCAUUUUACGUGUCUCAUCACUGAGGUGGGAAUCAAAUCUGGCAAGUUGUGCAUGUUAUAUUGAAAAGUACCCCACAGAUAUACGAGAUGAAUGGAUUAUAAAAUAGGAGAAAUAAUGAUGGAUGUCUAUGUGACAGAAAUUCAUUGUUGUACUAUAUCAAAUAAAAGGUGUCUUUUUGAAAUACAA